AUGGCUGAAUUCGUGCGCGCCCAGAUCUUCGGCACGACAUUUGAGAUCACCAGCAGAUAUACUGAUCUGCAGCCCGUGGGCAUGGGAGCCUUCGGCCUUGUUUGCUCGGCCAAGGAUCAGCUCACAAACCAAGCCGUGGCGAUCAAGAAGAUCAUGAAGCCCUUCAGCACGCCGGUCCUGUCCAAGCGAACCUACCGUGAGCUGAAGCUGCUCAAGCAUCUGCGACACGAAAAUGUCAUCAGUCUCAGCGAUAUUUUCAUCUCUCCUCUGGAAGACAUCUACUUCGUCACCGAACUCCUCGGCACCGACCUCCACCGCCUUCUUACCUCGAGACCCCUAGAGAAGCAGUUCAUCCAAUACUUCCUCUACCAGAUCUUGCGUGGGCUGAAAUAUGUCCAUUCCGCAGGAGUGGUGCACCGUGAUCUCAAGCCCAGCAACAUCCUCGUGAAUGAGAAUUGUGAUCUCAAGAUCUGCGACUUCGGCUUGGCCCGUAUUCAGGAUCCCCAGAUGACUGGCUACGUUUCCACGCGAUACUACCGAGCACCCGAGAUUAUGCUUACCUGGCAAAAAUACGAUGUUGAGGUAGACAUUUGGAGCGCCGGGUGCAUCUUCGCAGAAAUGCUCGAAGGAAAGCCCCUGUUCCCGGGCAAAGACCAUGUCAAUCAAUUCUCCAUCAUCACAGAGCUGCUCGGAACACCACCACAAGAUGUGAUAGAGACCAUCUGCAGCGAGAAUACGCUACGAUUCGUUCAGUCCCUACCAAAGCGAGAGCGCCAGCCAUUGAGCCAAAAGUUCAAGAAUGCUGAUCCUGACGCGGUUGAUUUGCUUGAAAAAAUGCUUGUGUUUGACCCUAAGAAGCGAGUCAAGGCCGAACAGGCCCUAGCUCAUCCAUACCUCGCCCCGUACCACGAUCCCACAGACGAACCAGUUGCGGAGGAGAAGUUUGAUUGGUCGUUCAACGAUGCAGACCUCCCUGUGGAUACAUGGAAGAUCAUGAUGUACUCUGAGAUCCUGGACUAUCACAAUGUAGAUGCACAGGGACAAGGAACGGGUGAGGGCGAGAACGGCAGUUGA